AUGUACGAGAAUUCGUGUUCGUAUCAAACGGCGCUGGACUUGAAGCGCGUAUCGCCGCCAACGCUGGCCCAGGUGAAGACGGAGGAUUGCCUGACGUUGGGACAAUGUUCACCGGAUUGGACAUCAUAUCGCUUUCAUCAGUCCACGUUCGAGCAGCUGAAACAGAGCGUGGAGAAAGCAAAGGCGGCACUCCAGGAUCGCAGCAGUUUCUUUGGCGCGAGCAGCGCCUUCAGCGACAUCUACUCCAGUCAACGUCUGAGCGACACACUGGACACAUUGCCUGCCAUGCAGAACGGAAGUGGAGCUGGAAAUUGUCUUGGCCUGUCACACAAUGCGGGCGCCGGCGUCGGAGUUGGCGUCGGCGUCGGCGUCGGAGUGGGAGUGGGAGUGCUCAACUAUAAUACCGUUAGCAGCAGCAGCGCAGGUGUUCUGGGCAGCAGUGUGCAGCGUCAUCGCCUGGAUACCCUACAACCUCCAUCUGGUUGCUCACCAGCUGGCACACAACAUGGUGUUAUCACGUCCAGCGCGGGACAGUUGCCGACUGCGUCUCUAGAUGUGGUCAGCUCUCCAUCAGUGGCACCACCGCACUCCGCCUCCACCACCUCACAUGUGGAGCACAAAGUUCGAACAGAGAAAUCAUCAUUGGACUGCGCUACAACAUCCUCAUCGCAUGCCGCCGUUGCCGCCGCCUCCUCCUCCUCCGCCUCCAGCAGCGAACUGGGCAGGCAUAGCGUCAGUAAGAGCAGCAGCAGCAGCAGCAAUGCCACAAGCGGUGGCGCCAAUCCAUUGUAUUCCUCGUACAAAUCAUCGUGGGGAUCCCACAGCUCGACACAAUCGCAAGGCUACAGCUCGAAUGCGUUGAGUAUUAAACAUGAUCCGCACACACAACUACGGCAACCUGAUCCAUAUCAAAUGUUCGGACCCACCAGCAGCAGACUAGCCAGCUCAGGUUCUGGACAGAUACAAUUAUGGCAAUUUCUGCUCGAGCUGCUUUCGGACUCCAACAAUGCCAGCUGCAUUACCUGGGAGGGCACAAACGGCGAAUUCAAGCUAACCGAUCCCGAUGAAGUGGCUCGUCGCUGGGGAGAACGCAAAUCCAAGCCGAACAUGAACUACGAUAAACUGAGUCGCGCCUUAAGAUACUACUAUGACAAGAACAUCAUGACCAAGGUUCAUGGCAAGCGUUAUGCCUAUAAAUUUGAUUUCCAGGGCCUCGCAGCGGCCACACAGCCGGCGGCCAGUGAUCCCACCUACAAGUAUCAGAGCGACCUGUUUAUGACGCCAUAUCAUCACAGCGCCAAGCUCAGCUCCUUUAUGAGUCCCCAUCAUGGCAUGACCUCGUCCUCAGCAUCCAUAUUUCCUACGGCCGCUUCUUGGGGCAACUGGGGCAGCCCGGCAACGAAUCUGUAUCAGCCGCACUCCAUGAGCCACGUGACGCCCUCGCAUGUGGCGCCGCACCUGAGCUCCUAUCCUCACUACGCAUGACCAUCAUAAUAUGAGAGCAAUGCCAGCG